AUGUCUACGACAGAAACGAUGGACCUAAUAGCUGACCACGAUAUUGACACAGAAACGUUGCAGGCCCAAAUCAAUAUGUCCAUGUCAUUUGCAGAAGAUCUAGUCUCAUCGUGGAUACAGCCUGCACAUAAAGCUAAUCUCAGCAAAGGCGCAGUGGAUGCUCAAAAGUUACUCGAUGAGCAACUACGUAGACCUCCUAGACUGGGUGUUGGUGCUCCGAUACCGGAAUCUUCUACAACAGCUCGUGACGCUGCGCGUCUAAAGCAUCACUUGAUAGGGAAAGGACUCAAGCGCACCCCCAAAGAUGAUACCACGCUUAAUCCGGAACAUCAUUCAGAAGACGAAGAAAGAAGGGGAGGGACGGUUAAAAAGAAAAUGAAACUUGAUCCGUUCGCAGUAAGAUCGAAGACGAAAGCGAAAAUGCUUGGGACCUCUGUCACGCAAUCAACCCAGAAGCCGAGUUCCCCGCAUCUGCAGGCGGAUGGUGGGGAUAACAAGACCGGGGGUGAUGAUGAUUUGGAACAAGGACGCCACAUUACUUCCGUAUCAUCCUCACUUGAAGCGAGUAAAAUUAACUCACCUUCGUCUGUGAAGAAAAGGGGGAAGAAACCACGGAAGCGCUCUGCUACUGACAGCGAACGAAGCUCGAGCUUCCACGAGCAGACGAUCCCCCAUUCGCAGUCUAUUACCACCCCAGACCGAUCCGGCAAUCAAAAUCUCUCUGUCAAUUCACCUCCUCUCGGCAGUAAAUCGUCUUCCGUCUCAUUUUCGACAUCCGGUCCAUUUUCAAUGGCUGCUUUGCAAACAGAGUUGAAACGGGAUGGCGAACUGAAUAUCCCGGAUAUUUCGACUCAACAUCCUUCACCACUUCCGCAUGCACUUCGUCAUCCAGAGGCUCUGCGUUUAACGGUUCCGCUGCUGAAUCUUGACGGACCGCCGGACCGGGGCGAUGGAUCCGGUAAGGAUGACAACCCGGAUAGUUCCAAGAAGAAGCGCAAAAGACGCAAAAAGAAAAAGCAUCCUUUUCAAAGUUGA